UAAUGGCUCACUGUAACCGUGACUCGCUUUAACCGUUAAUAACAGAGCGAGUUUGUCGAGACUCGGGGAAAAAGGAGUUUAGCGACAGGCGGGAGUGUUACAGGAAGUGUAGAGGAGAGUCUGAGGAAUAUUUAUACACUUGAGUUGUUUACAGUGCUAUUUAGGACAAGCAAAGAGGCAGAGAUACAGAGAGGGAGAUAAAGGGCUGAGUGGCAGAUCCUGAUUGGAGUUGACAGCCUCCACUCUUCCAGCCCCCUUUUUUCUUCUCAAACCAGGAAAUUGAGUUUGUACUCCGAGACGAGAAAGCCGUUCAGCCCGAGAGAGGCAGGAUAGAUGAGGAAGUGCUCGAUAUCGGCACUGUUCUGUUCACUUUUCUCGCUUUGGGACCCGGAGCCGCGCAGAGCAGCUGAACAAUGAGUGAGUCAAGUGUAUGUAACACGAGGGCUACUGUGAUGGUGUACGAUGAACCUGGGAAGCGCUGGGUGCCGGCUGGCACCGGCGCUCAGACCUUCAGUCGUGUCCAGAUCUACCACAACUCCGCCAACAACAGCUUCAGGGUAGUCGGGAGGAAGAUGCAGCCAGACCAGCAGGUGGUGAUGAACUGUCCGAUUAUGAAAGGGCUGAAAUACAAUCAAGCCACGCCGAAUUUCCAUCAGUGGCGAGAUGCACGGCAAGUUUGGGGACUAAAUUUUGGUAGUAAGGAGGACGCCACGCUUUUCGCCAAUGGCAUGCUGCAUGCACUUGAAGUGCUCGGUGCUGAUGCAGGUUAUCCUGCAGCCCCCCGUAUGUCCAAUGGACCAACCCAAGAGGAGCUGGAGCAGCAAAGAAGAUUGGAACAACAGAGACUGGAGCAACAGGAGAGAGAAAGACAGGAAAGAGAAUGGCAAGAAAGAGAAAGACAGGAGAGAGAGAGACAGGAGAGAGAGCGACAGGCUGCUUUAGCGAUGGUUCCUCCUGCCCCUCCUCUUGCGCCCGGAGGCCCCCCAGCGCCCCCUGCACCACCUCCUCCACCUGGCCCACCUCCCUCUAUCGGAGGUGGACCCCCACCACCACCAGGUCCCCCACCUCCUGGUGGAGGUGCACCUCCACCACCACCCCUUCCCUCUGCUUCAAGUGGGGGAGGUGGAGGGGGGAUGGGGGGAGGAGGACUCGCUGCUGCUCUUGCAGGCGCAAAACUACGCAAAGUCAACAAGCAGGAUGAAGGUGGUACUGCCGCUCCUUCUGCUCCUGCUGCUGCCGCAGCUCCUGCUAAACCUGACUUGAGCCGCUGCAGUGGGUCUGGGCCUGGCGGAGGAGGUGGAGGCCUCAUGGGAGAAAUGAGUGCAAUACUUGCACGGCGGAGGAAAGCAGCAGAUAAAGGGGAGAAAGUUCCUCCAGCCCCCAAAACAGAAGAGUCCAGUAAUGAUGAUUCUGAGUCACAAGGCCAAAGCGACACUUUAAGGAGGCCAUGGGAGAAAUCUGCCACCAUGCCCAGGAAUAACUCUGUCACCCGAAGUCUGGAUUCACCUGCCUUCACUGCUCUGACACCGAGGAUGAAAGUAGCUGGCUCAUUGAAUGAUGCUGAGAGUGGGGAUGAUUCUGAACUGGAGAGAGUCAAACAGGAGCUGCUGGAGGAAGUGAGAAAAGAGCUGCAGAAAGUCAAGGAGGAAAUCAUUGGAGCAAUUAUUCAGGAGUUACAGAGGAGAAGCACAUAGUCUCUCUCUAACUCUCUCACACACACACACACACACACACACACACACACACACACACACACACACUUUAUCUUUUACUCUUUCUCCCACUCUCUCUCUCUCUCUCUCUCUCUGUUACACCCACAAAAAUGCAAAUAUGUGCAGGGACUUUAAUCCAUUCAGCUUGAUUCUGGUUUUGACCAGCAUUGACUCUUCAUUUUAUUUUUUUUCCAUCAUCAUCAUCAUCAUC